AUGAACCACUGUAAGGAGAACUCAAUUUUCUCACGUAACAAAAAUAUUCGAAGAAGAAGUUCGGUCUCAGUUACUCGAUCUAGCUUCACAACACUUGAUCACAUUCGUUCCGCAUGGAAUCAACUGAAAUUUGGUUGGUCUGUACAGUUAUGGCCUAAUUUUGACCGUAACAGUAUUAUAUACAUGCUGGGUCGGUGCUACUUCGACACUUCUCCAGAUAAUCAUUUAAACGCUCCAAAGGACAUAGUUUGGGGCGGAAAUUUCUCAGACUUUACUGAAGACUUCGCAAGUAGGCUAUGGUUCACUUAUCGUGACAGCUUUCCUCCACUAUUGAAAAAUUCUUCAAACAACCAUAAUGCCUGUGCUGCAAACUUACCUAACUCUCUAUCGAGUAUUUUUAUCAGGAGACCAUCUUCGUGCUACUGUGAAGCUACUCAAACUGAUGCUGAUCGUCUCAAAGCUAAACCAACAAUAAAAAGCAAAGACCGUCACUUUGUCUCACUAUCUGCAUAUGGUGUUGAUUCGACAUCUAUAAAAACCUCGAAUUCUUUUAUACCUCUUUCUGUUCAAACAUCUGAUUGUGGGUGGGGAUGUAUGUUUCGGUGUGGACAGAUGCUACUUGCUCAGGCUCUGGUCGUUCAUUUUCUAGGCAGAGAUUGGAGGUUAAUGAAAGGUAAAAGCACUAAUAUUUCUGGAGGUUCAGAUUUCAAUCGUCAAAUUAUCAAAUGGUUCAAUGAUUCUUGGUCACCAUCUUCUCCCUUAUCUUUGCAUCGUUUAGUUCAUGUAAGUGGUAAAAAACCAGGUGAAUGGUGUGGACCAACUUCAGUGUGUACAGCAAUUUUACAUGUUAUGGCACAAGGAAGCAGUUUAGAUAAUCGUUUGGGUCAAAUAGAAGUGUAUCUAGCCCGUGAUAGAGUUAUAUAUCGUCAGGAAAUAAUGGAUAUCGCAAGAGGUUCGUACACCAAGGAUAAAAUACGGACCAAACUACAUUUUACUGAUCAUACGGCCAAUUAUCGUUCACAGGUUAAUCAGACAAAUGAUCCCGAAAAUACUGGAUCAUCAGCUAUCCUUCUCCUUAUUCCUCUAAUGUUUGGCAAAGAAAACUGUAUCAAUCCAUGCUAUAUACAGGUGAUACUGAGUCUGUUUUCUGAUCCAACUUUUGUAGGGCUAAUUGGUGGCCGUAGAAAACAUUCAAGUUAUUAUGUUGGUUGCCAAAAUGAUUCUUUAAUAUAUUUAGAUCCACAUUUUACACAGCCAACUCAAAGGUUAGAUUCACUUAAAUUUCCGAUUGAUUCUUGGUAUUGUCCUAUUCCAAAAACUAUGAACGCAGCAAAACUCGACCCUUGUUGUGCUGUUGGAUUCUACUGCAGAACUCGAGGUGAACUCAGUGAUCUUAUCGACAGAUUACCUGUAUUAUUGUCAAUAAACAAGUGCGCAGAAGAAACAUCAAAAAGUUCGACGGUCAAGAGCAUUGUUGAAGUACUAAGUCUUGAAGAAAUGGACGGUGUGUAA